CUAGGAUAUGUGUUACUUUUGAAGGUGUUCUGAUUGCAUUGAAUGGUUACACUAAGUAAAGAAGUGGCAGUUGUACAACUGGUUGGGAGAUAUGGUGUCAAAAGAAUCCGACUUUACGUGCAUAUGAGAACAACACAUGCACCGGAAGCGACGUACCAAGAAAACACGGAAGACGAGAUGAAUGAGAACCUCGCAGUGGCACAGGCGGGGAAGCUGUCAUAUGAGUCACGUGAUUUUGGGAGAGUCUGGAAUUUACUUCGUGGGCCUUACUAUCAGCACAAUCAGCUCGUGCGGCAUGCUCAGAAACUGAAGAUGGAGAACACGGAAAGCGGUCCACGAUUUUUUCGUCUUCUACCGCUAGGUGGCGGUUACAGCAUAGCGACAGACGCCGCUGUUUUUGUGAUCUGGCUCCUAGUUUUCGUGUACCCGUUUGCUGCCAUGGGGACAGCUUGUUUCUGUCGGAAUGUGGUGAACAUUAUCAGCGCCGUUAUUCUGGCCCUGCUUAUAAGCCUUCAUAUCGGAUGCAUGUGGUUGGCGAGCAAAAACUGGAAGAAAUUAAAACGCAGCUGGUACUUUACAAAGAUAGCAAUGCCAAAUCUCUUUGGCAUGGAGAACAGACUGACAAAUAUCACAACUGAAACUUUAAACCAAACCGACCAUUUAAACAAAUCGCAGAAACAGAUCAUUCUAACAAAGCUACAGUCAGAGAAAAGGGAGAAUGGAAAAGUUCUGGUGAUGAUUGUAAGUGAUAUAUACUGGAAGACCAAGGUAUUGGAUCCCAUUAUAUUACUCUCCAUCAUGGCUACCGCCAACCUUGUGUCAUUGAUAUUACAAAUAGAGUUUUACAAAACUGACGGAGUUGCGUGACCUCAGAUGAACCGCAGCAGCUGAUGUCGAGACAGGGAAACAUGAUAGCCGACACCUUCGGAACUUUCGCCAAUCCAGGAUUUAAGCCAGCCUGCGGGCUGUGUUAAUUUAAGAAAUCGGAGAAACAGAGGGGUGUAGGCUGUACUGGUUUGACAAAUCAGAGAAAUACAGGGGUGUGUGGACUGUACUGGUGUGACAAAUCAAAGAAAUAGAGGAGUGUACGGACUGUACCCGUAUGACAAAUCAGAGACAAAGAGGAGUGUACAGACUGUACUGGUAUGACAAAUCACAGGCAUAAAGGCGUGCACGGACUGUACUGGUAUGACAAAUCGGAGACAUAGAGGAGUGUACGGAAUGUACCGGUAUGACAGAUCAGAGAAAUGUUGCAUUGUACGAACUACUGUUAUGACAAAUCAGAGAAAUAGAGAGGUAUGUUGACUGUACUGGUAUGACAGUUCACCCAGGUGGAGCCCUGGGAAUACAGAUGGUACUGAUACAUGCAUUAACAGGUACAAAUAUGACCAGCCAUAUAAAUGGAGAAAC